AUGACUGCCUCGCUUGAAGAUCCGGAAGCGGUUGCGUAUAAUCAAAGAGUCAUAAUUGCUUCAACGAUCGUGGUGUUUCUCGUCUCCAAUGGGUCCUAUAUCGCCAGAUUGGUUGCGAGGAAAAAGUCGGGCGGAAGAUUCCAGGCGGAAGAUUGGGUGAUGGGGCUGGCCCUACCAUUCUCUUAUAUUCCGGCAGCAUGUUUGCUUUAUGGUCUAACAGUUGGCUUUGGAAAGCAUGUAGCUGACGUCUCGAAAGCGGACUUGAGAAAGUUUAAUAUUUCUCUAUUCGUGCUUCAGAGAGGCAACCCGCCGUGCCUGCUCUGCGUCAAGACAUCCAUACUGCUUUUGUAUUCCCGAUUAUUUCCAACUCGAACUUUCAAACGUGUUGCAUUUGGCGUCUGGCUCUUCACACUUGGAUGGGCCGUCGCUGCCUUCUUCUCCAAUCUGCUCCAAUGUCUACCUGUCGCCUUCUUCUGGGAUAAAACCAUCCCAGGAGGAAAGUGCUUACCAAACGCGCUCAUUAACAUUGGAAUGACUAAUGGAGUUCUCUCUUUCGUGGGCGAUCUCAUCAUCUUAUCGCUUCCAAUCCCCAUGAUCUGGAAACUUCAGAUCAAUGCUAGGAGAAAGGCGGCGCUUAGUGGUAUGUUCUUGUUGGGAGGAUUCGUGUGCUUGACAAGUAUCCUGCGAUUCGUUGCGCUGGCAAAGAUCAACAUCAAGGAUAUUACUUUCACGCAAGUCUCCCCUGGUAUCUGGACAUAUAUCGAACUCGGUAUUGGUAUCACUUCUGGCAAUCUACCCCUCCUCCGCCCCCUCUUCGGUCGCUUCUUCUCUGGCAACUCUCGCAAUGCUUCUUCCGCGACACCGUAUGGUGGUCAAGGCUCCAAAAGCUACCCUCUAUCCCGCGUCACAGAUCGAUCACACAAUGGUGAGGGCUUUCACAGAAUGGACAAAGGGACAUUGGAUGUAGAUGUGGAAAGUGUUGGAGAGAGCGGAAGUGAGAUUGAGUUGAAUGUGAAGAACAAAGGAUCUUCUAAUGCGGAAGUUGCGAGUGGAGGACAUUCGAGUAAGGAUGGCGGGUUCUUGGGAGGUGGCAUCAACGUCCGGACAGAUGUGGACCUACGUAUCGAAGAAGUGAGGGCGGAGAUUGCGAAGGAGACGCUGAAGGUUCAACAAAGAGCGCGAUGA